AUGGCGGCUCUGACAGACAGAAUGAAUCAAAUGAUUAGCGCGCUCUACUCAUCGUCACCUCUUCUAUCAAAACUGCAGCCGCCUACGACAUCUUUAGCAAGCAAUGAAGCACCCGAAGAGCCACCUACCGAGCCACCUGUGAUACCAACGACAACUACAUACGAACCCCCGACCUACAGCUAUGUAUACCCUCAAGGGCAGGUGGUAUACAUGUCACAUACACCACCGUCUCCAUCUUCAAGUUCCCCAGCUGUGCCGGCACCUCCCGCUGUAGCUCCAAGCCCGUAUUAUACCAGUACACCGCCGGAACAACCAGCGCCAACUACUUCGCCGGCUCCUCAGCCUUGGCCGUAUGGCUAUGAGUAUCCUUACCCGCAGUACGCCCCUCCUCCUUAUUCUCCACCUUGCGUUCCUUAUCCCCAUCCUUAUCCACCAGCACAUCAGGAUUACUAUCAUACUGAGCCAAAACCGGCUCCAUAUAAAUCAGUUCCUCCUCCGCCCGUUUCAGCUCCUGUGUACCCGCCUGUAUCAUCAUACCCACCGGUUGCUAGUUACCCACCAUCUCCAGGAUAUCCUCCAGCUACUCCAUACCCCUCUCAUACGCCUUACCCACCGGUUCCUACUGCUUACCCAACGGCACCAUCUCCCUACCCACCGCCACCAUCUCCCUACCCACCGCCACCACCUCCUUGCUUACCUCCACCGUCUCCGUAUCCACAGAUACCAUCCCCUUACCCACAAACUCCUUUGCCUUACCCACAAAGCCCAUCCCCUUACGCACCCCAGUAUCCACCUGGAUACCCUUCAACUAGACCAGCCACUCCAGCUUUCUCUACUCAUUACGCUAAACGAUACGACCAACCUCGAUAUGGAUAA